UUCCCUGACUUCCGUUUUUUAUGCUGCGUUAGGCUUGUUUGCAUAGCACUCCUCCCUCACAAGCUGUUUUGGUGUACGUUUUUUUGUAUUGUUGGUGAAAACUGCCAAAACUCUGAAAGGUCAGAAUUGCAAGACAAGAUUUGUUCAAGUCAAAAAUCUAUCUGGCUCCAUGAAAAAGUAUCUGGAGAAAUUCACAAACGAAGAUGGCGGUGCAAGAGACAGCUGCCCAACUCUCCAUGGCUCUGAAGGUUCAAGAAUAUCCCACUUUGAAGGUACCAUAUGAAACUCUGAACAAGCGCUUCAGAGCUGCACAGAAGAACAUUGACCGGGAGACGAGUCACGUAACCAUGGUGGUGGCAGAGCUGGAGAAGACCCUCAGCAGUUUCCCAGUGGUGGAUUCUGUGGUGUCCCUUCUGGAUGGGGUGGUGGAGAAGCUCAGUGCCCUGAAGAGAAAGGCUGCUGAGUCCAUCCAGGCUGAGGAUGAGAGUGCUAAGCUGUGUAAGCGGAGGAUUGAACACCUGAAGGAACACAGCAGCGACCAACCAGUAGGCGUCAACGUCUGGAAGAAGAAACGAAUGGACCGCAUGAUGGUAGAACACUUGCUGCGGUGUGGUUAUUACAACACGGCGGUCAAACUGGCACGGCAAAGUGGCAUUGAGGAUCUGGUCAACAUUGAGAUGUUCCUCACAGCCAAAGAGGUGGAGGAGUCACUGGAGCGACAGGAAACAGCCACCUGUUUGGCCUGGUGCCAUGACAACAAGUCACGCCUCCGCAAGAUGAAGAGCUGCUUGGAGUUUAGCCUGCGAAUCCAGGAGUUUAUCGAGCUCAUUCGACAGAACAAGCGCAUGGACGCUGUCAGACAUGCGCGGAAGCAUUUCAGCCAAGCGGAGGGGGGUCAGCUGGACGAAGUGCGGCAGGUUAUGGGCAUGCUGGCGUUCCCCUCAGACACCCAUAUCUCCCCUUAUAAGGAUCUCCUGGAUCCAGCCCGCUGGAAAAUGCUGAUCCAACAGUUCAGAUACGACAACUACAGAUUACAUCAGCUGGGCAACAACUCUGUGUUUACCAUCACACUCCAGGCCGGCUUGUCUGCUAUCAAAACUCCUCAGUGCUAUAAGGAAGAUAGCACCUCCAUAAACCCUGACUGCCCUGUGUGUAGCAAGUCCCUGAACAAACUGGCCCAGCCCCUGCCCAUGGCACACUGUGCCAACUCCCGUCUGGUGUGCAAAAUCUCUGGGGAGGUGAUGAACGAGAACAACCCACCCAUGAUGCUGCCCAACGGCUAUGUGUAUGGAUACAAUUCUCUUCUAUCAAUUCGCCAAGAUGACAAGGUGAUCUGCCCCAGAACCAAAGAAGUCUACAACUUCUCUCAGGCUGAGAAGGUGUACAUCAUGUGAUGGGGUGGAUACUGGAUCUCAUGUGAUGCAUACACCUCUGCAGUGGAUCCCCCAACUCAGCCAAACCCCCCCCCAGACUUGCCAAACCUGCCUCCCACUAUGGAGAGCAGGGCCAAAAUCACCUUGGGUAGAUUUUUGAAACUGGACUAAUUAACAGACUUAUAUUUAAAGUGUUGUUUUCUUUAACUUGCAGUCCAACCAGCAGUGUGGAUCAUUAUAACUCGGUGUUGCUCCAAUAUGAUAAGAGCUUAUCUUUUGCCGUUUUACCUUAGAUAAAUCAGACUGACUUCAAUCAGAACCACAGGCUGAUCACCUUGGUGUUUGCUACAUGAUAGCACUCAUUUCAUGAUGCGCACAAUUUACAUAAUUUCUGUGUAGCCGUGGGGGAUAAAUAGAAACACCUUAAAAUUGGUAAUAUUGUGUUUGUCCCCCACUGUGAUUACAUAUCUGGGACGAUACACUUGAUAAUGUAAAUACUAGCGCAUUGAGCAUUUGUGUGCAGAUUCAGGUCUUUCAAAAUGUUAUAGGAAACAUUUUAAGAAAACUCCUUCUAGACCUUCCACUGGUCAGGCUUGAACAGUCUCACUGUUGUUGCUUGAAAUUGUAACGGUUUUCUUUAGGUGAAGGAAAAGCGGACCAAAAUGCAGCGUGGUUUCUUUGAUUCAUGUUUAAUAACAAAAGAUAAACACGAACACUACAAAAACAAUAAACGUGGAAAACCAAAAACAGCCCUAUCUGGUGCAAAACACAGAGACAGGAACAAUCACCCACAAACACACAGUGAAACCCAGGCUACCUAAGUAUGAUUCUCAAUCAGAGACAACUAAUGACACCUGCCUCUGAUUGAGAACCAUACUAGGCCGAAACAUAGAAAUACCCAAAUCAUAGAAAAAACAAACAUAGACUGCCCACCCAACUCACGCCCUGACCAUACUAAAUAAAUACAAAACAAAGGAAAUAAAGGUCAGAACGUGACAGAAAUAUGGUAUGGCAACCUUGUACACAGACCUAAUGUAAACUCUACUACACUUUUGAGUAUCAUUGUGGAUUUGUGUCCUACAUGGGAACAUGCCAGGUCUGCUCACCACCUGAAGUGGACCUUGACGAAUGGUGUAACUUACAAAAUACUUUUUUUCAGAAGGAUGGGUUAAUUCAUCAGUGUACUUUUGAUAUUUAGUUCAAACAACUCUGACAUAGUCAAAAUACUGAUUGACUUAAUUUCAUACAUAUCUUUCAACGAUGAACAUUGCAUUGUAAUUAAAGAGAAUUUUGAUUAUAUUUUUUGCUCUUCAUUUUGUAUUCCCGAUUUUAAGACAUUUUGUAUGACUAACACAAAUUGCUGCAGAUUUCUCAAGGGACUAUAGUUGGUCCAAGGAGUUCCUUGAAAUGAGCAAGGGUCACCUUAACAUAUGUUUCAGUACCUACCAUCUCUCCCACCUUUUUUUUCUUCCCAUCUUGGUUGGUUGCUUCUGAACUGUUUAGUAUUGUUAUUGUAGAGAGGCUUUAGAAACUGAUGAUGCAUGUUUAUAUUGGUAGGAUAGAUUAAUUAUUGACGAUAAAAUUGUUUUACUACA